UUCAAAUUUUCUUUUACUGUGCACAGUUCAGAAGUUUGUCUCCAAGGCGGAUAAGGACAAGAAGAGUUUUCCCCUCCUUUAAUCACUAACACACAGUCCUAUAUAAUUUUAUUUGUAGAUGUGACACUUUAAACUAUUGUGUGUGCUUAUUUGUGCGAUUUUGUUGGCUCUGUAAGAAAUAACCAAUCAGACUGAUAUUCCUUCUAGGAAUUAAAUUUCUAAAUUCUAUAUUGUGUACAGUAACCAUGCUUUAGGUUCUUAUGAUGUUUUUCGAAGUUCUAGUUUCAUGUUUUUGUUUACAUUAUGAGUUACAUGUGUAUAAUAACAAGUACAAUAAUAAUAAUUUAACGUCGUAUUUUCAUACAAUUCUUAAAAAUAUAUAAAAAUAAAUAUUUAGAUUUAAGUUAAAAUUAUUACAUAAACUUAAAAUAUUAUUUUAUAAAAAAAAUUAAACAAUAAUGUUAUGAUUAAUAUUAUUUAUGUUUUAUUUCUGUUUAAUUUUAUUUUUUUCUAUUAAAAAAUUUGACAUAGCACAUUUUUUUUGGUUUCUAUUAAACCAAGUAAUUUAUAAUUAUGAAUGAUGAACAAAUUGUUUUAACAUUACCUCCUACUCAAGAUGCAGAAUCAAUAUGUUUUACUCAAUCACAAGAAUUAUUACAAGAAAAACCUAUGAUUGUAUGGGGUAGACUAUGUCCAAGUAAAUUACCUUUUAGAACAAUGGAAAUGACUAAAGAUGUAUAUACACUUGGUCGCUCACAAAACUGUGAUAUUUGUAUAACUAAUAAUGAAUUAAAACCAAAGUGGCUUAGUGUAAUGAGUAAGAUACAUUUCAAGAUAAGUAGAGAAUUUAUUGAUGAUAAUACCAAUGAUGCCAUAGUAUAUUUAGAAGACUUAAGCCAAAAUGGAACUUUUGUUAAUGGAAAAAAAGUAGGACGUGGGAAUAAAGUAAUUCUUGAAAGUAAUGACAAAAUAGCUUUAGCACAACCUAUAGUUAUUGUUUAUGUCUUCAUGAGUACAACAGCUUUUGAAAGUAAUAAUUUACCACCUGAACUCAAAAGUAAAUAUACAGUAUCACGUAAAUUAGGAUCUGGAGCAUGUGGAGAGGUGAAAAUGAUAUUUAAUAAAGUUGGUUGUAAAAAAUUUGCCUUGAAAACUAUUAUGAAAUUAGGUAGUACAACAAAUGGGCAAAAACAUCCGUUAAAUGAUCCUGAAAAAAUUAUGAAUGAAGUUAAAAUUUUGAAAGCUCUAAAACAUCCUUGUAUAAUUCGAAUGGAAGAAAUUGUGGAUACUCCGAAAGCAGUAUAUAUAGUUUUAGAAUUAAUGGAAGGUGGUGAACUUUUCGAAAGAAUAAAAAGUAGAGGAAGAUUAUCAGAAAAACAUGCAAAAUUAAUCUUUUAUCAGGUUGUAUUAGCUGUUAGUUACCUUCAUGACUGUGGUAUAACUCAUAGAGAUUUAAAGCCAGAAAAUAUAUUAUUAGCUAGUAAUUCAGAUAUUACAUUAGCAAAAGUAUCAGAUUUUGGUUUAUCAAAAUUAGUUGAUGCUCAAACUAUGAUGAAAACAUUUUGUGGAACUCCUAUGUAUGUUGCACCUGAAAUAUUAUCUACUAUUGGACGAGGUUCUUAUACAAAUCAAGUUGAUGUAUGGAGUUUGGGAGUAAUAUUAUAUGCUUGUUUAAGUGGUUCAGUUCCUUUUAAUUGUCAAGAUAAAAAUAUUAGUUUACAAGAUCAAAUAAAAAAAGGACAAUAUAGCUUUCCUUCUUCAAAAUUUGGACAUAUAACAAGUAAAGCUAUAGAUUUGAUCAAACGAAUGAUGACAGUUAAUCCAAAGAAAAGGAUUACAAUCAAACAAGUUUUGUUACAUCCUUGGUUACAAGACCGUGAACUUCGAGAAAGUAUUGACAUGAUAUUAUCAAAAGAAAAUGAUGAAAAUAUACCACCUGAAAGUAUUUCUUCUAAUAUUCAAUGUAAAAAUGAACAAUAUCAAAAUUUGAUCAAAAGAGCAAGAUUAGAAAUAUAGUUAAUAAUAUAUAACUUAGGUAAUAUAUAUAAAUACUUUUUUAAAAUUGUUUAUUAAAUUUAUUUCCAUUAUAUUAGAAUGAAAAAGUUUUGCAUUACAUACAUUUUGAUCUAAUAUUAUUUUGAAAAUCAUUGAAAUCUAUUUAUUACAAAUUAAAUAUUUAUAAUGUAAAUUGAUUAAUUAAAUAAUGUCCAUUAGAUUAAUCAGUCUAAGUUUAGACAUAUCAUAAAAGUUCAAUCUAAUUAUUCAUUGAGUUAACAAAAGAGAUAAAUUAAAGUAAUAAUACUUUAAAUUAAUUAUUUCAUUUUAUUUUAAUAGUAUCAUUUCAAUAAUUAUUGAAUUCUAAUCUAUUAUGAAUCUGUUGUAAAUGAAACAUUAUUAAUAUAAACUAAAUAAUUCAAUAUUUAAAAUUUUAAUAUUUAAGUUUAUUUAAUAUUUAAGUUUAAAUAUAUUACAAGAAUUCAAUUUAAUUUUUCAUUGAAGGAAUUUUUUCAUUAACAAGGAAAAUAAAUUAAAAUACAAUAUAAAUUAAACAUUAAAUUAAUUUAAUCUUCACAAGUAUACAUAUAAGAGUAGUAUAAAUAAAAUUAAAAAUAUAGAAAACUAAGUAAGUGAUAUGAAACUAUGUAACUGAUAUGUACAAAAUAUUUUAUAUUUUUGUGUGUUGUGUGUUUUGUAAUGAUUAUUAAAAAUUCGUUGUCUUUGUGCCAAUUUUUGCUAAAAUUUUCGUAUAUAUUAAUACAAAUAAUUUUUUCAAUAUAUCGCGAAAACUAAA